CAAAUAUUCAGGUUGUCAUGUUGUGUUUGUGAACGCGCGUGUUUGGUUGAAUGAAGCGGAAGAAUUCAAUGUUAGCAACGUUAGCCUCAGAGAUGUUCUCUCUGAAUAAACGAUGCUAGCUAGCUUCCAUUUGUUCAGUAAACUCCUCAAACAUCAAUUGUCUGGUUUAAACGUGUCUUUUUGUGGUUAGUAUAAAAGUGAAUAUAAUAAUCCCUUUGGUAUUUCCUCCUGCUUACUCAGUGGUUCACACCAGGGUCACAGAAAGCUAGCUAGAAAUCAUUGUAGCAGCUUGUGGUCUUUAAUCAUUCACGUUUUUAUUGUUACACAUCGUGUUUUAUUAGAAGAAUGAAAAUAAAAACCAAAUGUCACUCUAUGGAUUAACCGAGAGAUUAAGCGAGAUAACCAAAAACUUUGAUUUAACACGUUAAAAAAAAGGAACAAACUGCAAAACAUGACAUAUUUAUACAUUUCAUUUUGGUGUUACAGUUUUAAGUAUUUUUAGAGUACAAGGAAUAAAAGAUCAUCUUUAGGAAAAAACAUUUUUAGAUUCAGCUGUAAAAGAGUCACAUAAGACAAAUAAUGCAUCACUGAGUUUCUCAGUUUGCAGAACCCAGUUACUCAAUUGUGUUUUAGAUAUUUUGCAAUUUACAGUGUAUAAAGAGGAUUUUGGUCCAAUGUACAAAUAUUAUAAAAUGUCAAUUAUAGGAAUGAGCAUAUUCCGAUUGUGUUUUUUUUAAAUCAUUAUCCAGGCAGUUUAGCAACAGCCUCAGACCAUCUGCUCAUGUAGUUUUACUUCCUGUCUUUGGUUUAUGAGGAUGUGUUUUCUAAAACAUUCACUCCUUAGAGUGAGCUGUCUCUGUGUUACACCCACCCAGCGUCUUCACACUAAUUUUACAUGUUUGUGUCAGAGCCAGAAAUGUAACAGAAAAACACUUUCCCAGACUUUGUUCAGAUUAUGUUCUAAAUAAGAUAUUCUGAGGAUUUUUGUAUAGAUAUUUAAUCUAAAUGAAAUAUCUAAAUGUUAGAUUAAUUCGAGUUUCUUCGUUCUACUUUACCCAAGUUUAUAGCAGCAGUGUGAGCUGCUCAAUCUGAACGUAAUUUUAUCUAGUAAAAUCCUCCACAUGGCUACUCAUCUGACAGCAUGAGGUUGUUUUUAUAGAGAUCAUGGAUUUAUUCUUUAAUAGGUCAGCUGACCUGAUGUGGACCAGAGAGAGCUGGGAGUGGAGUUCAGUGAACUGAAUCGUAACAAGUGGAGUGACUCUAAUCAUGUGCUGAACUGGAUUACUUGAUUCUCAGUUGAUGAGCAACACACCUUUUUUCUGCCUUCUCAGCGUCAGUUGUAUCUACUCUUUUAUUACCAGUCACUAGAACAUGCAAAUCAUCAGAGAUGGCUUACUGGAAAAAAAAAUGUUUAAAGACCAAGUUCACUCGUUUUUUUCCCCAACACAUUUGCAGUGGUCCCUUGUGAGUUGAUCUCUGGGGAAAGAAGCUCUGGCACUCCUGUUUCAGGAAGUAGAAGUUAGUCAGAGGAGAGGGGAGCAGCACACGGCAGGUUUUGUAAUCCUAUUUCCUGAUAUUCUGACAUCUCGACUCUGAUUGGCUAACAGCAACAUGACUUGUAGACGAUAAAUAAUGACUAUGAUACAAUGAGUUACUCAGGACAUCAUAAUGUGUUUAUAAAGGCUAACUGCUGUUGGAAUGAAUGAUCUGCAGAAGCAGAUCAAUAAGCUUGGGGUAUACUUGGCUUUUACUUAGGUCACUCUGACCAAGACAUUGAUGGAAUGACGUAACACAGCUGGUUACUUAGGAAAACAGAACAUAACAAUCCCUUUCAUGGUAAACUUUAGCAGGGCUCACUUCCCAGAAAUAGUUUCAUACUAACACAAACACAUCCGGGAGUCAAACUCUGGGCAGAGCAGUGAUCUGAUGUUAAUCAGGCCUUAGCAUUGUUGAUUCUACUUUUAAACACACAACACUUUGAAGCAAAUAAUGGGAUGUUUCCACAGCAAUGGUUUGAUAUAAAUAAAACUGUGAAAGUCAUGCACGCACAAAGGUCAAAGGUCACCACCCUCCACAGACUAUACCACUAACUGUUUGCUGUACAAUGUUAAUCUUUUAUCUCCACUAUUAACACAAGCCUGGAGGAGUUCUGCCAUGUUGUGGAGCUGCUAAUGCUAAUGUUUAGCUUCUACUAGCAUAGCUGGUCUCUGCCUUGUCCUGAAUGCUAAAUCAACAACAGCCUUCCCCGUCACGAGUCAAAGUGGAUGAGAAAUAAGGGUAGAAGACUAUUUUUAUGUUUAGCCUGCAUGAAAAACGGAGAGUGAUUGAUUAUACAUAAAAAAUAAAGUAAAGAAAUUCUCAGUGAACUUGGUCUUUAAAGCUGGAUAUUGCUUAUUAAGUGUUGGCAUAAGUCUGUUCAUGGAUUGUUUAGGCCUCCACCUUGAGCAGAUCUCCUCAGGAGAAGCGUCGUAGUGUCUCAGCGAGACCUUCCUGGUUAGACGGAGACUAAAUAUAAGUAAUAAAAGUGUAGUUCAUCAGCAGACGGACAUGUUGCCUGAGCGAGAUAGCACUGUCUAAUCUGAACAGCUUCUGUAGACAGUGAUAAGAUGGUUGUAAUUGACUGAUAAAGCAGAGCUACUCUUUUUAAAGCAACCUGUCACUUAUGAGGAGAUGGGAGUUUUUAAAUAUUUAUUUUUAAAGCGUUAAGGAGUUUGCUUCUGCAGCGGUUUUAUUCUGUUCCUAAACAAAACAGUAAUAUUUAUUUCUGGGGAGCAUUACUCGCUCAUACUGUGUCUCUAUAUCAGGUCAUCACAGGCAAACACUCAUUAGAUGACUUUAAUUACGGAUUUUUAUUCAGUUGGACGACCUGUUUGUGUCUGAGAAUGAUCGGACUCAUCUGGAGCCUGUCGACUCCCCCUCAGCUGAUUCGCUCUUGUUCAGAUUCAAGUUACAGCUGAUUGGCCAGUUUAGUAGGAGGUUAACUAUUGCAUAUCUAGGUAUUGCAAACAGGUUUACUGUCAGUUAGUGUCUUGAGCAGCGAUAUACAUUUACUUUUAUGUAGUUGAUUGGCAUUUGCUAAUUCUGGUUCAUCUACACGUGUAAAAAUCAGAGAAAACGUCAGUGAGAUGCUGCUCCUCAGACGCUGUUGCAGCCUGGCUCGAUGUGGCCCCAUCAGCACUCGGAGACUUAAAGUGGCCCCUGCUGUGACAUCAUGUGCGGCUCGUUUCUGCAGCAGCGGCUCUGAGGACCAGAGUUCGUACCAGCGUGCAAACUGGAAACACAUCCUGGCAGGGCUGCUAGCUGGUACAGGAGCUGUACUGGUUUAUAGUCAGCACCGACACAAGGCUGAGCGAGCAGAUGUUAGCGUGACGAUCACAGAGAAGGGCUCCCUUCUUCCUGUUUUCAGCCAGGAUGAGGUCACAAAGCAUCGCUCUCUGGAAGACGGAGUCUGGGUUACGUAUAAAGGAGGUGUCUAUGACAUCACAGAGUUUGUGGCCAUGCACCCUGGUGGAAAUAAAAUCCUGCUGGCAGCAGGUGGCGCCCUCGAGCCUUUUUGGGCUCUAUACGCUGUACACGACCAAGAACAUGUGCUGGAAAUCCUCUCUGAGUACAAGGUCGGUGAGCUGUGUGAGGAGGACCUGAAGAAGCAGCGGGCCUCCAAACCAUCUGAUCCCUUCUCCUCCGACCCUGAGCGCCACCCCGUGCUGCAGGUCAACACCCUCAAGCCCUUCAACGCCGAGCCGCCUCCUGAGAUCCUCUCAGACAGCUACAUCACGCCCUCUGCUUUCUUCUUCAAGAGGAACCACCUUCCAGUUCCUCAGCUGGAUCAGGCUUCAUAUCGGCUCCAGGUGGAGGGCCUACCACAAGGAGUGCUCUCGCUGUCUUUAGAAGACUUGAAGACUAAAUUCCCCAAACACACCGUCACUGUGACGCUGCAGUGUGCUGGCAACCGCCGUGGUGACAUGAACAAGGUGAAGCCUGUGAAAGGUCUGAACUGGGGCGUGGCCGCCAUCGGUAAUGCGAAGUGGAGUGGCGCCAGGCUCCGGGACGUGCUGCUAGCUGCUGGCUUUGAGCCAGGCGUGGCCCAGUGGGCUCGCCACGUCCAGUUUGAAGGGUUGGAUAAAGAUGUGACGGGUACUUCUUAUGGCGCUUCAAUUCCUCUGAACAAGGCCAUCGGUGAGGAAGGGGAUGUGCUCCUGGCUUAUGAGAUGAAUGGAGAGGACAUUCCCAGAGACCACGGCUACCCGGUCCGGGUUGUGGUACCGGGCGUGGUGGGCGCGCGGAACGUGAAGUGGCUGGGUAAGAUUGUGGUCAGCGCCGAGGAGAGCAGCAGCCACUGGCAGCAGCAAGACUACAAAGGCUUCGCUCCUGGGACCGACUGGAACCAAGUGGAUUUCGAAUCCGCUCCUGCCAUCCAGGAGCUUCCUGUUCAGUCCGCCAUCACCGUACCGGCAGACGGAGCCGUGAUCCACCACAGCGACGAAACGCUGACUGUGGCGGGCUAUGCGUGGAGCGGCGGGGGCAGGGAGGUGAUACGGGUGGACGUUUCUCUGGACGGAGGAAAGACGUGGCAGGUGGCCCAGCUGAGGAGUGGAGAUAAAGGACAGGCUCCGGAGCCCUCGCCUCCACCGGGCCGAGCUUGGGCCUGGAAGCUGUGGGAGAUAACCGCUCCUCUUCCUCCUGAGGCCGAGGAGCUGGAGAUUAUAUGCAAGGCUGUUGACUCCAGCUACAACGUGCAGCCGGACACGGUUCCUCCCAUCUGGAACCUGAGAGGCCUCCUGAGUAACGCCUGGCACAGAGUCACCGUCCGGCUCCGACGGGACUAGGCGGAGCCACGGGGUCAGCGUUUAACUCUAAAACAGAACCAACAUGGAGGAAAAAUCUGGGUUGCUGCUUAUCCCUGACCCCUGAAGUAUUCCACGGAUUCAGCUGGACAAACGCACACUUGGUUCAAAGUGAAGACGUGAUUCUGCCCACUCUGCAUUUUUGCAUUUUAUAGAAAUAUAUUUUUCUAAGUUAAUAGAUUUGAAUAAGAAGAAGAAUUUUAAAUACUAAUUUAACAAACUGAUUUUAACACCCUGGCCCUGAAACACAGCUCAACAAUGACGUUCUUCAUCUCAAUCUCACUAUCAUGCAGGUGGUGCAAUAAUAAACAGAUGUUUUUAUUUGUUUUUAUAAGUUACUGAAUGUUUUGCACAUUUGUGGAGGAGCCUCUAGUGACUAAAACACGAGACUAGAGACUAGGAGCUCAUUAGAGAUGUCUAGUGCCACAUUUCACUUUCAUUUAACAUAAAAAAUCGAAUGAUUAAAAGUUGCAGGUGAAUAAGGAGGGGAGUGGUGAAUAAAAUACCCAGUAAUGUGGGGUAACUGCACCCGUCACCCUGAUCCCUCAUCUCUGCCAGCUUUUUACACACCGACUUCAUUCUGAAUUACCGUAAAUAUUGGAUCACGUCUCAACUUUUCCGUUGCUGAAUCUUUUGCUGCUUCAGUGUGAAAGCGGCCCCCGUGCCAGCGCUGCACACCUCAACUCUCAUCCGUCAUCCUUUCAUCUGUCUGCACAAAAAUGGCAGCAUUUUAUUUUUCCACCAUGUCUGCGUCCUGGCACGAAGAUCAUAACUGAACACAUUGAAAUAAUAUCUAACUUUUCAUGAGAUCAUAUAAAACAUGCUCAGCUAGCGAGCUAUUUUAUUUACACUGUCAAAAUAAACCAGAUGGUAUGUUUACAGUGUGAAAGACUGAAGAUGCCGUUCUUUUUUGCUUUAGCGAGCCCCCAACAACACUUAAUUACUGUUUUCUGAACAUCUGGAGAUGUGGUAAACAGGAUUUAAGAAUGACUCAAACCACCUCCUCAAAAUUGUGUUUAAGGACGUAAAAUGGAAGUGCACAACGUGCUCGGCGUCAAGUGAGGUUAAAGUUAACAACGUUCUACGUGCGCCUGUCAUUGUAAAUCUUAAAUAUUGACCAAAAGGUCUCCUCUGCACGAUGGACGAUACGUUGAAGCCCGGUGAGGAUUUGGUCCAGAUGUUCUGUAAACUGUUUGGUGUGACGGGAAAGAGAAACAUUUCCGUCAGGGUGACUCGGGAAGACGUGGAUGAGCAGAUACGUUUUUUAUUGACGUCUGUGUGACGUGCCUUAAUACAAGUGACCAGAUAAGAUGGCUUUGACAUCACUUCAGAGAAAACAUGAUGGUUUUCUGUGCAGAAUGAUUCAGCUGCAUGACCCCAGUCCCAUAAUGCACUCCUGCUGAGUUUGUUGCCAGUAAACCGUCAAAAAGAUGACAAACACAUGAAGCACAAAGCUAAUGGCUAAGUAAGCAUAUUUUAAUGAAAUGAGUCAGAUGGUUGUUUAAUUCAAACUUGCACGUUUGCAAAUGUUCUUUCUAUGAGAUGGAAAUAAAUAUGCAGACAGGA